CUCCGGCCAGCCGCUGUUGCCUGUCAUACACACGCUUUCGUCUCCCCUCUUAUUAAAGAUAUUGCUUUGCUUCACGACACCAACUUCUCUCUUUUUUUUGUUUUUUCCUCAGAGAUAAAACGCGCGCACAAACGGACUGCAAUUUGUCGCUAACAUGGCUACAACUUCUCUAGCUCUCUCAUCUUCUUUUCUGUUUCAUCCUUUGAUUUCUCUCAAUGCUCCAGCCUCUAAGAUAAGCUCGUCGACUACCCGAGUUUUGGCAGCCAGAAGAGAGGCACAUGACCAGAACUACAGUGGACGGCUGGUGGAUUCCAACAUGAUUGUGCUGAGAAAAAGAAUCCAUGAGAUGAAGAUGGUGGAGAGGAACUAUGAGCCUCCUUCUCAUUGGAUGGAAUGGGAGAAGCGUUGUUUUACUAGUUAUGAUUCAUUGGUUUGUGAAAUUGUGGGUGUUUUGCAGUCCCAGUUGAUGAACACAAGGCCUAGCUUUGCUUUGGGACUCUUUGUUUUGAUUGCUUUCAGUGUUCCCAUCUCUUCCACUUUGGUUUUUUCGCAUUUUCUGCAUAUCACUAAGAUUGUUUUUGAUGGAUUUCACGUGAGUUGAUUUCAUUAUUCUUUACUCAUUGUAAAUACAGAUUUAAUUUGUUUUUUUUCUUACCCUUUUUUGGGAAUUUAAUAAUAUUAUCA